UCAUUCAGCUGAUAAACUGUGGGAUUGAGGGAGCAACAGACAUGGAGGCUUGAGUGGGAAGGAGGGAAAUUAAAAACAGACUGCCAGAGUGCAUGACUAAGACUAAACCCGGGAAAGGUUGUGCACUGAGUACUGAUAAAGAGAGGAGAAGAGGGGGAGUGCUUGCUGUCUAAUGAGGUAAAGGGGUGGGGAGCUUUAAAGAGAGCAGGGAGAGAGAAUGAACCACCAGGACUUUCACUUUCAGUGAGCAGCAAACUGCCUCCACACUGUUUGCUCCUUCAGAAGUAGCCUACAACAGAUCAAGUGUCUUGCUCACUUGCAUGCCAGCUGGAAAUUAAAGCUUCAAAACAAACUGGCUGAAAAGGAAGAAGGAAAGUUAGAGCAAAAGAAAACAGGAAACUAAAAUCUCACAGGAAAUAUAGGAAUAUCUUGUUGUCCAUCAGAAUCUUUUCCAUCAGAAGACUGGGAAUUUCCAAGUGUCUGACUGGGAUUGAGCCAGACGGUCAGAAUGGAGAGCGGCUGUGGGAUCCAAGAGAAAGUGCAACAGUGAGAGAAAGCGAAGACCUUGGAGGCAGCUGGGAAACCCACUGAGACGAGAUUCUUCCAUAACCUUUCUGCAGCAAUCUGUUGUGCAAAACGACUUGGUUAAGAAGAACAUGGGGAAUAUGGCCCACAUUGGCCAGUAGAAGCAUGUCACCAACAGUGCUGUUACUUCUAUCAAUAUUGACUGUACAAGGAAGUGGGUGCGAUGAUUUUAUGAAGACGACGAUCAGAAAUCUUCAAGACUCUAUACACAUUGAAGAAACGUCCGGAUUCCCACAAGUGUUUCCAAAGAACUACGUCGUGUCUCACUAUUUCAACGACAGCGCGCUGUGCAAUGAGCCGUGUUGUGUGUUCAGUGCUGCUGCGUUCCUGUCUAAUUCCUGGAUUCAGCUUCUCCAGCAUCUCAGUAGAGUUCACCUCAAAUACAGGUUCAUCAGUGAGCUGAUUCUCACACUGGACAACAUCGCAAAAGAGAAAAUUCCAGAUCGUCCAGAUAUCUCUGCUUUUCCAUCUGUUCAGUCAUCGCCAGAAGGUCUUCUCUCCUUCACCUCAUCCCUCUUCACACGAUGGCUCAAUCUGGAUUGUGCUUUUAAAGAGCAUCACUGCAUCUUCCCCACACCAAGUGAAGAGGAUCAAGAAAAUUCGCCAUCAGAGGAGGAAGAGAAUGUGGAGAACCAUGAACCUGUGGAUGAGCAGCAGCCUGUGAUAGAAGGAGAGACAGGUAAAAGGCAGUUCGACCAGGGUCCGACUAACAGCUAUAGUGAGUCACGUUUCCCAGGUUUCUCUCACUGGACUUUUUCUUUUCUAUGGAUAACAUCAAGUCUGAUCUGGUAAAAGGCGAGAAAUCUGUUUUAAAUAUGCCACAAAACUUGGCCAAAAGGAGGCUUCACUUUGAAAGGACAGCUACUGUAAUUCACUGUUGUUUUAUACUGAUUAGCAUUUGUAUAAGAUUUCAGAGAAGUUGCUCUCUUGAUAUGGCUCAUGAUUUCUAGAUGCAUGUUGGAGAAAAUGGAUGUUUUGGAAACAGACACAUGGCCAAUAAGACGUUCUAUUUCAUGUACGUGUAUGAUGUUUUUUCUGCAUCAUGUCUUUGCACUGAUUGUUUCUAUCACUUAUCCAGUUUUCUGUCUUAUUCAGUGAAUUAUGUGUCAUUCAUGAUAAUUCAGGUUAAACCUGUCGACUGAAUGUUUUAACAUUGAUUGUAGUGAAAAGGUAAAGAAUACAUGAAGCCAAAAGUCUCCGCUUAUCGCUCGGUGUUCAAGAGGAAAAAACUACACUCAUGUACUACAGUAAAUCCAAGCCAUAUUAAAUAAUACUGUAGCAUAGGAACCAGCUUAAGCAAGCUACUUUCUGAAAAGGCAUUUGCAAAAGGGUUACAUAAGUCAUGUUUACAAGUAUUGUUGUCUUGCCUUAGAGAAGGUUACUACAAGCAAUGUUUUACUCAAAUGAAUUUAACAAUCUGUCUGUUUUUGGUAUACAUGU